AUAAAAGGCCCAGCUCCAGACUUCAGAAAGUGGAAGGUGGUCAGAAGAAGACCAUGGAGCUCAGUGUCCUCCUCUUCUUGGCUCUCCUCACAGGCUUCUUGGUUCUUCUGUUCAGAGGCUACCCCAAGGCCCAUGGCCGUCUCCCACCAGGCCCCCAUCCUCUGCCCAUCUUGGGGAACCUUCUGCAGAUGGACAGGAAAGGCCUACUUGCAUCCUUCCUGAAGCUCCGAGAGAAAUACGGGGAUGUCUUCACAGUAUACCUGGGAUCUAGACCAGUGGUCAUGCUGUGUGGUGUAGAGGCCAUACGGGAGGCCCUGGUGGACCAAGCGGAGGCCUUCUCUGGCCGGGGGAAAAUCGCCAUUGUUGAACCAGUCUUCCAAGGAUAUGGUGUGGUCUUUGCCAACGGAGAUCGUUGGAAGGCCCUUCGGCGAUUCUCUCUUGCUACCAUGAGGGACUUCGGGAUGGGAAAGCGGAGUGUGGAGGAGCGGAUCCAGGAGGAAGCGCAAUGUCUGGUGGAGGAGCUGCGGAAGUCCAAGGGAGCCCUCCUGGACACCACCUUCUACUUCCAGUCCAUCACCGCAAACAUCAUCUGCUCCAUAGUUUUUGGAAAACGUUUUGACUAUAAAGACCCUGAGUUCCUGCGGAUACUGGACCUGUUUUAUCAGUCUUUUGCACUCAUCAGCUCUUUCUCCAGCCAGGUGUUUGAGCUCUUCUCUGGUUUCUUGAAGCACUUUCCCGGCAUACACAGGCAAGUCUACAAGAACUUGCAAGAAAUCAAUGACUUUAUUAGCCACAGUGUGGAGGAACACCGUGAAACCCUGGACCCCAAUGCCCCUCGGGACCUCAUUGAUACCUACCUGAUCCGUAUGGACAAAGAGAAGUCUGACCCACACACCGAGUUCCACCAGAAGAACCUCAUCAUUAACUCACUCUCACUUUUCUUCGCUGGCACUGAGACUACCAGCACCACUCUCCGCUAUGGCUUCCUGCUCCUGCUCAAAUACCCCCACAUCACAGAGAAAAUAUACAAGGAAAUUGAACAGGUGAUUGGCCCUCACCGUCCUCCAGCCUUUGAUGAUCGAGUCAAAAUGCCUUACACUGAUGCAGUCCUCCACGAGAUUCAGAGAUUUGCGGACCUCAUCCCCAUCGGUGUGCCCCAUGUGGUCACCAAAGACACUCACUUUCGAGGGUACUUCAUCCCCAAGGACACUGAAAUAUAUCCCAUUCUGAGCUCUUCUCUCCAUGAUCCGCGUUACUUUGAAAAACCAGAUGACUUCAACCCUGAGCACUUUCUGGAUGCCAAUGGGGCACUGAAGAAAAAUGAAGCUUUUAUCCCCUUCUCCAUAGGGAAACGCAUUUGUCUUGGUGAAGGUAUUGCCCGCACUGAAUUGUUCAUCUUCUUCACCACCAUCCUCCAGAACUUCUCUGUGGCCAGUCCCAUGGCUCCAGAGGACAUCGACCUCACACCCCGGGAGAUCGGUGUGGGCAAAGUGCCCCCGACAUAUCAGAUUCGCUUCCUGCCCCGCUGAAGGGGCUACAGGAAGGGGCUUAAAGGAUCCAAGGUCAUCCAGUGUCCUCACCUCUGUAAAAAAAGACUCCUUAUUCUACCAGAAAGUGCUUAUUUCAGAGUCCACGGUUGUGCACUAGUCGUUCUCACCAUCUCUUCCUGCCUUGGAGAGACCUGUUGCAAGCCAGUACGCACUCUUGUUAGUUGGUACACCACGGGAAAGCCCUUUUUAUGGUCUAACCUCUCUUUGAAAAACCAUAUUAUGUGCUAUAGAGAUGUACGGCAAUUAAAUGUGAAUAAGAAAUUAUAAAAUAAAAGA